AAAUCUAUUCCCUUAGUAAAUUUUCAGUACGUAAUACAAUAUUAUUAACUAUAGUCCUCAUGCUAUGCACUAGAUCACUAGACUUAUUAAUCCUACAUAGAGGCAAGUUUGUACUCUUGGACCUGUAUCUCCCCUUUCCUCUCCCUCACUGCCCGGGGUAACCACCAAAACACUUAAAAGGCCAGUUUUUAAAAACACUGUAGAAAUCUGUUUCUUUGUCUUCAAGAGCAUACACACGAACAGGAAAAUUAUUCCAUCACUUUCAUUAAAAUUAAAAUCUCAGUGACAAUUAGGUAAUUUCCACAUCAGAAACAAAGCUUGCUAUCUUUUAAUUUAACCCAGUAACGAAAACAACUCAGCCAACGAGGGCUCAGGGCCUCCUAUGCUCAUUUUGCAGAAGGCAUGUUUGCUUGGAAACCUGUCCUCAACCAGUCCGGCCCCACUGAGUUCGUGUUCCGCGUCUUCACCACCGUCCCCGAAUUCCAGGCCCUGCUCUUCCUCCUCUUCCUCCUCCUCUACGUGAUGAUCCUUUGCGGCAACAAAGCCAUCAUCUGGGUGGUGUGCACACACAGCUCCCUGCGCACCCCGAUGUACUUCUUCCUGUCCAACCUGUCCUUUGUAGAGAUCUGCUACACCACCGUCGUGGUGCCCCUGAUGCUCUCCAACAUUCUGGGGGCCCAGAAGCCCAUUCCGCUGGCCGGAUGUGGGGCCCAGAUGUUCUUCUUCCUCACACUUGGGGGCGCUGACUGCUUCCUCCUGGCAGUCAUGGCAUACGAUCGCUACGCGGCCAUCUGCCACCCGCUGCACUACACGCUCAUCAUGACCCAGAGGCUGUGCGUGCAGGCGGUGGCCGGCGCGCUGGGCCUGGCCCUCCUGCUCUCCCUGCAGCUCACCGCCCUCAUCUUCACCCUGCCCUUCUGCGGGCGCCGCCGGGAAAUCAACCACUUCCUCUGCGACGUGCCCCCGGUCCUGCGCCUGGCCUGUGCGGACAUCCGCGUGCACCAGGCUGUCCUCUAUGUCGUGAGCGUCCUGGUGCUGACCGUCCCCUUCCUGCUCAUCUGCGUCUCCUACGCGUUCAUCACCUCCACCAUCCUGCGCAUGCGCUCUGCCGAGGGCCGGCGCCGGGCCUUCUCCACCUGCUCGUCCUACCUCACCGUGGUCCUGCUGCAGUACGGCUUCUGUGCCUUGGUGUACUUGCGCCCCCAAUCCAGCUCCUCGGUGGAUGAGGACCGCCAAUUUGCCCUCAUUUACACUUUUGUCACCCCCUUACUCAACCCUUUGAUUUACACGCUUCGGAACAAGGAUGUCAAAGGUGCUCUGAAAAAGGUCAUCAGUACCAAAGGGACAUCCGAAGGUUAG